AGCAGUCUCACUUGGCCACCAUGAAAGCAACAGGUGCCUUUGUACUUCUUUCUCUGGCUCUUUUCUGCUUCUUUUCAGAUGUCACCAGUCAAGGAGGAGGGAAGGUGGACUGCGGUGAAUUUCGAGACCCCAAGGUAUAUUGCACCAGAGAAUCUAACCCUCAUUGUGGCUCUGAUGGCCAGACUUAUGGCAACAAGUGCUCCUUCUGUAAAGCGGUGGCGGAAAGUGGUGGAAAGGUGAAAUUAAAGCAUCAGGGAAAAUGCUGAAGCUUGACUAGUGUUGUGUGCGGACCACCCUCCAGUCUCUACUCCUCCAUUGUCCUGAUCUCUUUCCUUAUUCCUCUUCUGUCUUGUUUUUCUGUGAGGGAUCAUACUAUAGAUACACAUCUUUUACUGACCUCAGGCCUGGAGAAAGGUUUCAGCCUAAACCAAUUUACAUCUAUGCCCUCUGACAUAUUCUAUAUGAAUAAA